GCCCCGGGCGCACCCCGCCUUCCGCGUGGCCUUCGCCAGCGACAGGGAGGCGGGCCUGGCCGCCGCCCAGAGGCCCACCGGCGCGGCGGCGCCCGCGGGCGACAGCGACGCCGGCGGCGGCGUGACCGCGGAGGGCGGCGGGCUGGUGCUGGAGGUGGUGGGCCUCUCGGCGCAGGACGCCGCUGCGCUCUACGCGCUGCAGUGCCGCGCCGCCCCCGACCCCGCCUCGGCGGCCGAGGCGCCCGCGAGCGCGGCUGCGGCAAGGGAGGCCGCGAAGAGGAAGCCAGGCGCCAAAGCGGAUGCCGCCAAGUCUCGGUCGCAGGGCGCCGCCCCGCGCGGCGGCCGCGCCAGCGCGGAGGCGGCAGCGGCGGCGUCCGCCGAGGGCGAAGGGGACGGCUGGCAGAGCGCCGAGGUGUGGCCAGUCCAGGACGGGGAUGAGCGCUCGUUCCUGGCCGGCUGGCUGCCCCGCUGCCCCGUCGGCACCCGUGUGAUCUGCCGACUCGCGCACAGGCACUUGACCGACUGCGCGAAAUGGGCCGCGCUCGUGCGCCGCGACACUGCUGGCUGGCUCGGCCAGGCCUGCGUGGCCGUAGCAGUGGGGCUCCCUGCUCCAAGCGCGGUGCAGUGUCGCGGGGAGGUACCCAAGGCUGAAGGCGCUGGGCUGCGUCUGCGCGUGGACUGGUCGGUGCCGGAGGCGUGCUCGAAGCUGCUGGCGGGCUCGACGUUGCUGUGGCAGUACAGGACCCGCCAGCUGCUGGAGGACGGCUCGGCCAAGGCCUGGGAGACGAGCCCCGUUCUGGAGUGGCCGCAGGCGGAGGAAGGAACUGGCGGGUCCAGCCCGCUCCCAGGUGACUGGCUGGCGCGCGACGGCCAGAGGGUCUGGGCUACGUGCUGCGUGCGCUACGCCGACGGCAGCUUCGGAGAGUGGAGCCCGUGGAGUCCCGAGAGCAGGCGCGCCUCGCUGAACCUGCUGCCCCCGAGGCCCCCCGGCGGCCCGGCGGCAGGGCUGCGCGCGGACAUGGCGCUCGGGGAGCCCACGCGCGCCCGGCUGGAGUGGCAGCCCUUCUCUGGGGCGGACCCGAACAUCGGGCUCCUGGAGUACCGCGCCCUGUUGCGGGAGGCCGGUGAGAACGAGGCCUCGCCGUGCGCGGCGGCUCGCGAGGCCUGGAGCGAGGUUGGCUGGCUGCAGGCCGAGAGCUCGACCUGCGACCCCCUCUCCUGCGACCUGUCCUCGCUCCACCCCGGCCGGCGAUACGCCGCGCAGGUGGAGGCGCGGCAUUGCGGUGGGGGAGAAUCCUGGUCUGAGCCCCUGGCGUGCUUCUUCCGGCCGCCCACGUCGUACGCGGGCUGCGCGCGCAUGCCGCCCCCGACCACGCUCACGGCCGCGGCGGGCACGGAGGGCGUGGGCGACGCGGGCUCGGAGGCCGAGCGGGCGCUGCUGGUGCAAGCCCCGGGCGGGCUCGCGGGCUCCGCGGGCGCAGACCUCCGGCUGGAGUGGCGGCGGUGUGGCCCCGGUGACGAGGGCACCUGGGCGCCCCUCGAGCGGGAGCCCGCCCACCCCGAGGCCCGGGCGGGCCCCGAGGAGGACUCGGCGGCCGUGGUGGCGGCGCGGCUCCCGGAGGCCGGCCACGGCGGCGCCGUGGCGCGCUGCAGGGCGGGCGCGGCGGUGAGCUCCAUGGCCUGGCUGCCGCCGCGCUUCCCGCCGCCCGCCGCGCCCCGCGCGGUGCUCGUGGCGACCGACCACCGUCUGGAGGUCCAGGUCGCCUGCGCGCUGCCCGGCCGCCCCGGCGACCGCCUAGGCGGCCGCGCGCAGCUGCGCGCCGAGCGCUGCGGCGAGGGUGGCGGCGGGUGCGUCGAGGCGGUCGCGCUGCCGCCCGUCGCGCUGGACCUCAGCGACCCGCAGCGCCCAGACUUCAAGAGCGUGCUGUCGCAGGGGACGCUGAAGCUCCAAGGCACCUACGCCUUCCGCGCGCGCGUCCGCGACGGCGGCGCCUUCUCGCCCUGGUCGGAGGCCUCGCGCCCCGUCUGCCUCGUCGCCGCCGCGCCCCGCGCCCGCAGCGGGGCCGCGCUGGUGGUCCGAGCGGCGCUCGCCCGCGCCACGGGCGCCGAGCUCACCUGGGACGCCUUCCUGCUCCACGAGGGGCUGCACGCCGUGGACUACUGCGUCAGCGCCGCCCCCGCCGAGCGGCCAGAGGAUCGGGUGGACGAACAGACGGUCCAGUCGGCCAGCGGCGGCCAGUGCCACGCCUGCUUCGGCCACCUCGUGCCGGACUCGAUACCGAGUAUGUGUUCGCUGUGA